AUGGCGCCGCCCACACCAGCCAACUACAUCGCCUACACAGCAGCCAUCAACCCAGCCUCCACGACACCCAAACUGAGCUACGCACAAGUAUGGGCGGGACUGGAGAAGAAGAUCCGCGCGGGGCAGGACUUCGUGGGCGGAGCGAUCGUGUCGACGGACGUGAUCUCGGAAUCGACGACCGAGCACGGCCAGCCCGUGACGGUGCGCGAGGUCGUGUUCCGCGAGGGCAACCGACGCGUCCAGGAGCGCUGCAUUGCCUUCGCGCCCAUGAAGGUCGAGUUCCACCAGGGGGAUGGCUCCAAGGUCAUGAAUAUCAUUAGCGAGGGCGCCGAGGGCGAGUUGUACAUGACUUAUGCUUUUGAGUGGUUACAUCCCGAGUUGGAUGCCCAGGGGCUGGAAGACAGGAAGAAGCAGGAGUGGAAGAUCGCGAAGAUGGCUGUCGAAAAGACAAUUGAGGUCAUGAGGGCCAUGGUUGUUGAUGGGAGGCUGUGA